AUGAUUUCUACUCUCACCAAUUUUCUUGCCUUCUUCUUGCGUAAAUGGAUCCUCCUCUUCCACCUGGAGGAUUCCAUUACCCCGAAUACUGUCGUCCCCGCAGCUCCACGUCUGCAGCCGGACUCACAACCCGGUUCCCCGGUGUCCCUUGAGGCACAUCCCAAACCGGACGACAGAACUUUACCAGACUCUUUUUUUCCACAAUGGGCCGUCCGUUGUUUCAAAUGGAACGGAUCCAUUUCCCCGAAUUUUACCAUCGCAGCAGAUCCACACCUGCUAUUACCGGUCACUCAACUUGGAUCCUCGAAAGAUACUCACGACCACCUUGCAUCUAUCGAACAAGAUCCGACCGGAAUAACUCAAACCCAUCCGACUGUUACCUCUGUCGCGGAAAUUUUGCACAACGAACAACACCUAAAAGCACAGCUAGACAAAAAACAGUCGGAUAAACCUAAUCAUCAUGCGGUAGUUAACGGUCUCCAACAACGACUCGUAACUACGUCAUUGGCUCGCGAUAGCUUGCGUGUCAAAAACAACCAACUGAAAAAGUUUUAUGUCCGUAUGCAACAAAAACACCAGCAAGAAAUGGAUGAUUUGAAACGUUCGCACCGUGAAUUAGUUUCUGUUUUAACUCAAGCAAAACUUGAAAACGAACUUUUGAGUUACCAACAAGCCCAAAUGAAACGUGAAAAUGAGAUCAAGAUUUCCGAACUGGAGAAAAACUGUUCACGACUGAUGAACGAGAAAGAAGAUCUCGUAAUCAAAUUGAUACAAGCCGAGUCCGAUGUUAAAUCACUUUCCUCCUCGUUAGAAAAGCACAAGGAAACAGUUUGCGAAUUGGAAAACGUGAUUUCAGAUUUGCAGUCGAAGAAAACAAGAGUGCCGAACGUAGGCUCUCAGGGUACUCAAACAGACACAUCAACUAUUUUGUCUUGUCUACCGAGAACUUAUGAUCGUGCAUUCUGA